CUCACUUGGAAAAUGCCGCUAUCUCGCAUCGAUCUGGCGCAAGGCGCGAUCUAAGGCGCUGGAAUGGAUCGCCGUGGCCUGGUUCUCAUCUGCAUUGCCUGCAUUCUCGUCGAUCGCAGCUCCUCCUUCCUCACCGACACGGGAAGAGAGCUCGAGGUCGAAAAUUUCAACGAUCAGGGCUGGAACAGCGGCGGCGACACUACUCCAGCUGAAUCCACCACGCAGGCCACGAUCUUGGGCUUCCUCCGCCACGAUGGAUCGCUCGAUAACGAGGUAUUGGCCAGGGAAUCAGGGGAAGAGGAGAAUCCCGAGAUCGUGGACAGCGAUCUGGUUCUUAGCAGGAAUUUCAGCGCCGAGGAGGAUGUGAAUGGGAAAUCUUACAAAUUCGAGGAGUGUCCUCCCAGGAUGAAGGAGUAUAUUCCCUGCCUCGACAACAAAGAUGCUAUCGGCCGGCUUGCAUCCACUGAGCAUGGAGAGAAGUGGGAGCGGCAUUGUCCCGCUGGGAAAUCACGACUGUGUUGCAUCAUUCCACCUCCAUUGGGAUACAAGCGGCCUAUACGGUGGCCCAAGAGCCGGGACGAGGUGUGGUAUAGCAAUGUUCCUCACACACGCUUGGUUGCUGACAAAGGCGGGCAGAACUGGAUCCAGAGUCAAAAGGAUAAGUUCGUUUUUCCUGGUGGAGGAACACAGUUUGCUCAUGGAGCUGACCAAUAUCUGGACCAGAUGGCUGAGAUGGUACCAGAGCUUGCCUUUGGUGAACGCACACGCGUUGCGUUGGACAUUGGUUGUGGUGUUGCAAGCUGGGGCGCUUAUCUUCUCUCUCGCAACGUUCUGACGCUUUCCAUUGCUCCGAAAGACGUGCAUGAGAAUCAGAUACAAUUUGCACUCGAGCGUGGGGUUCCUGCAAUGGUGGCCGUCUUGGCCACUCGUCGGCUCUUAUAUCCAAGUCAAGCAUUUGAUCUGAUCCAUUGUUCUCGUUGUCGUAUCAACUGGACUCGUGACGAUGGUAUACUUCUUGCGGAAGUUAAUCGCAUAAUGCGCGGCGGGGGCUACUUUGCAUGGGCAGCUCAGCCUGUUUACAAGCACGAGCCAAGUAGUUUGCAGGCAUGGAACGAUAUGGCAGACCUUGCCAAGAACCUUUGCUGGAAACUAGUUGCCAAGAAAGGCUACAUUGCAAUCUGGCAGAAGCCCGUAGAUAACUCAUGCUACUUGAAACGGGCACCGGGAACACUCCCUCCGCUUUGCGAUUCAAACGAUGACCCUGACUCUGUCUGGUAUGUAGCAAUGAAGGCUUGCAUCAGUCCUUUACCUGGAAAUGGACUCGGUCGUAACAUCACCAAAUGGCCAUCGAGACUGUCCCUUCCACCGGAACGUUUGAAAGCCGUGAACUCAGAUGCAUUGCAAGCCAAGCCUGAAGUGUUCCGGGCCGAGCAGCGGUACUGGACUGCCAUCGUUGAAGGAUACCUGCGAGGCCUUGGCCUGAAGAAGGAAGACAUUCGAAACGUAAUGGACAUGCGAGCAGGCUAUGGAGGGUUUGCUGCGGCUCUAAUCUCGCAAAAGGUGGAUUGGUGGGUGAUGAACGUUGUUCCCAAAAGUGGUGUAAAUACAUUACCGGUGAUUUAUGAUCGCGGACUGAUUGGUGUUGCUCACGACUGGUGUGAGGCCUUUGACACUUACCCACGAACUUAUGACCUUAUACACGCUGCGGGAGUUUUUAUGCUCGAGAAGAACAGAUGUAAUGCUGCUCACAUCAUUUUGGAAAUGGACCGCAUAUUGCGUCCCGGAGGCUGGGUGCUGAUACGUGAAUCUCGAUACAUGGCAGCCGAGCUCGAGUUCCUGGCAAAAUCCGUCAAGUGGCACACCCGCAUCCUGGAAACCGAGAGUGGUCCUUAUGGGAAGGACAAGCUUCUCUCCUGUCAGAAGCCGCUUCCCAAUUUUUGAGCUCUUCGUCACUGCGCAGCACUACGUAUCGAAAACUUACCAAAACUCU